GAAGGAUUAAUUUAUCAAUGAUUUAUCAAUUAGAGUGUGCAGUCAUAACAAAGAUAAACUUACCGACUCGUCCCAGCUAUUUAGUUACUUAUGUUUCUGUUUGCUAUUGUUUAAAGUUAGAUAUCGCACAUUUCAAUUAGUUCAGCAGUUUUUAUAUUUUUGGUGAUGGCAAUUGCAUUUGGGCUGCCUCUUUGCCUUAUUGUGUCAAAUCAUUUUGGUCGGUAUACAUGUAUGGUGCGUGAAGUAUUUUGGCUCGAUCAUAAAGACUUCUUUAGUGAUAAUACUGAUUAAUACAUCGUUCGGUUUAAAAGCAAAGUGCAAAAUGUCCGACGCAACGUUUAACACAGUGAGUGCAAAAUCUAAACUAAAAAUUCUGGAUAAUGAGGAACAAAUACAUGGUGACCUAAAUGAUGACGGUUUACUGGAAAAUACUCUCUUUGCCCCUCUCCUUGCAAUGCCGUGUUCACCCAGGAAUAUUUCAAGGGAGAUUCAAAAACCUGCACUCGAUGAUAUUGAGAAUGCUGAGACCAAUUGUGAGCUCACAGAUUUGCUUGAUAAAACUUGUGUACUGGAUACUGAACUGGACAUUCUGGAUAAUAAGAAACAAAUACUUAAUGACCCAAAUGACGACGGUUUACUGGAAAAUACUCUCUUUGCUCCUCUCCUUGCAAUGCCGAGUUCACUCAAGAAUAUUGCAACGGAGAUUCAAAGACCUGCACUCGAUGAUAUCGAGAAUGGUGAGACCAAUUGUGAGUUUACAGAUUUGCUUGAUAAAACUUGGGUACUGGAUACUGGGAUUUAUGAGAGCACUCUAGAACCAUUACCGGAGCCUACAAAAUCUAUCGAUACCGAGGAGCAGAACGCACGAAACAACAUAAAAUCCAGGCGCAAAUCAAAAUGUUGUGUUGAAGUCUUGUAUUGCUGGAAUCAUUUAUCCACAAUCCUUCUGAGCUUGGGGUUAUUGGCUACAAUAUAUGCGGUAAUAUAUGUUUUCUGUAUUAUGAAGAAGAAGUAGAUAGUUUCAACUCAAGCCUUCCAUGAUAGAUAAAGAGGAAAUUGGAAUUAUUAAAACCCUUUAGGAAGAGUUUUUCGUGAGCCCGUAUCGUGGAUGCUAAACUUUAUAAUUUUAAAACCUUGCGGUAUUGUAGGAAUGGAUUUUGGUUUACUAGUGUUAGUUUUUUUUCUACAUUUUAAUCAAAAAGUAAUUCCUUUUUCCAACUUUAUAACAUUUAUUAGAAGGUUGAACUGACUUCUUUUGCCUUGUUCAAUUUCAUUUUAUUUCAUCCAUUCACUCAAGCAAAUGACUCGAACAUUGUUGAGGGCUAAAGGUUGAUAGUUUGGAUUAUUUGAUUAGGUACCUUUUUUUGCCUUAAAAUACAGUGUGUCCCUGAACAAGUUCUAUAAAGUAAGAAAACAGAUUAUUUUCUUCAAAGUAACGGCAACAGCAAAAUAAUACAAUUUGAUGAAAAUUAAGUUAGUUUAACUUGAAGUUCUAUAAGUAUUAAUCUGUUAAACAUUUACUUGAAAUUUUUGGUAGUUAGGUAAGUCAUUUAUAUAAAUUAAGAAAAAUGAAAUUGUUCCAUAAAUAAUUUUAUUAACUUGGUAUUGUAGUAAUAGAUUUUGAUUUACUAGGGUUAAUUUUUUGUUUUAUAUUUUAAUCAAAAUAUUUUUUUUUUUCAAGUUUAUCAUAUUUAUUAGUUGAAUUAAUAUUUCUUGCUUUGUUAAAUUUUAUUAAAUUCCAAAAAUUUGCUAGAAAAAUAAACCAAUAAUUAUUGUAAAACGCUAAAGUUUGAUAUUUUUGAUUCAUUGGAGUAGGUCCGGACUUUUUUGUAUUGCAUCAAAAUAAAUAAAAUAAUUAUGGUGCAACACCCAAAUUGAACUCCGUAUUUUAGCGGAUCAUCUUAUAGGAUAGAAAUGUCACAAUCUUUAUUUUUCCAGAAUUCGAUUGAUUUGAGAAGAAAAAUAUUCAGUUAAGGUAUUAGUUCAACUUGAAGUUUUAUAUACCUAUAUUAUUUUUUUAAACAUUCAAGUACCACUUGAAAUUUUUGGUAGGUAGGUAAAUCACCACCACAUAAAGGUCGCUACAUCGUACAAAGUUUUUAUUUGUAGGAUAAGGGAAUUUUUGUUAUGUGCGUUCGAAUAUCGAUCUUGGCAUGUCUGAUAACCUAGAAGUGCAUUUUGACAUAAUUGAAACCCUGAGAUGCUAUCAAGUUACAGGUUACUGUUACAGUUUCAAGUGGAAAUCGAAUAUUUUCAUUUUUUCUAGGAAUUAUUUUAUUGUAUAAUUUAAGUUUCUUUUACUAUAAAUUAAAUAUUGCAAAAUUGUACUCUUUCAAUAACAGAAAAUGUAUAAGUAAUAUCAUUUUAUCAGAGAUCCAUAUUAUCAAAAUUUUCGAAUGACAUUGACCACGUGACCGAUGUCAAAAUGUUCUUUAUAGGUUAUCGGACAACAUGCAGGAUUGAUCGCACAUAAAAAAAUCCCAUAUCCUACGAAUGAAAAGUUUUCCCAUAGGUAGCGAACAUUAUGGUGGACAAUAUAUACAUUAAAAAUAAUAGAAUUAUUCUAUUUAUAAUUUUAUUAAUUUGGUAUUGUACUUAGUACCUAAUAGAUUUUGGUUUAGUUUCUACUGUUAGUUUUUUGUUCUAUAUUUUAAUCCAAAACCAAAUGUUUUCUUUUUCAACUUUAUAACAUUUAUUAAAAUGUUG